UUAAUCAGACGUUUCACGUCAUAGGACUAACAGACGAUUUUUGUUUUUGUUUGUCAAAAUUUGAUGAGGAUUUAAUCAUGGAAUGCCCCAUCAUCUCAAGAAUACAGAAAGUCAUCCUUUAUGAAACGAAGGCAAGGUUCUAUGUUGUGGGUUCCAACAAGACAGAGACAUGUUAUCGUGUCUUAAAAGUAGACAGGACAGAGCCAAAGGAGUUAAUCAUUCAAGAUGACAAGGCAGAGUACUCCAUGGUCCAGAUUCGUAAUCUUCUGACAAUGAUCAAGCAUGGUAACAUAAACAAAGACUCCAAGCUAAAGGCCGGAGACUCACCUUUGGCCAAGUCGGUUUCUGCAUUCGGAAUAUUUGGUUUUGUCCGAUUUCUGGAGGGAUACUACAUCAUAUUGAUAACAAAGCGUCGGAAAGCAGCAAUACUAGGACCCCAUAUCAUCUACAAGAUUGAGGACACGGCCAUGAUCUAUAUCCCUAACGACAAUAUCCGCUCAUCCAGCUAUAGCUACUCCGAGGAACAAAGGUAUUUGAAGAUGUUUCAGAGCAUAGAUCUCUCCAGUAAUUUCUACUUCAGCUAUAGCUAUGAUCUGACCCAUACACUCCAGUAUAAUAUGACCACUGUGAUUGACCCUGUGACCUUACGUCAACCAGAGCGUACUGAUUCGACACCGCCUUUGAAGGUGUGGGGACAAUCUGGAACAGGAACAGAUCAAAAGUCAGCUGCGGAAGAGAGUGGGCCCCCUGACACUGGUCAGUCUGCAGAGACAACAGCAGACAAAAAGUCAGUAGAGGACGAGCAUAAACCCCAUGCCACUGGUCAGUCAGCAGAGGAAGGGAGUGUGCCCCCAGAUACUGGUCAGACGGCAGAGACAACAGCAGACAAAAAACAAAGUAAAGAAGUAAUCUAUGGUGUGCGCUCUGUGCCCGAGGAGAAAUAUGUGUGGAACCACUUCCUGCAACGAAACUGUAAAGACACAAUCCACAGAGACUGGAUGAUCCUCGUCACACAUGGGUUUGUGGAUCAGCGUAAUAUUUGUGUGUAUGGUAAACCAUUGUACUUGACCUUGAUAGCCAGAAGGUCAAAUCAAUUUGCUGGAACAAGAUUUUUGAAGAGAGGAGCUAACUGCAAGGGAGAGGUAGCCAAUGAGGUGGAGACGGAACAGAUCCUUCACGACGCGUCCAUCACUUUCCUGGAGAGGGCUAACAUCACAUCCUUUGUACAGAUGAGGGGGUCUGUGCCCCUUUACUGGUCACAGGAUGUUUCCAAGAUGGUACCCAAACCACCAAUCAUGAUUGACCAGAUAGAUCCAUAUGCUGGUGUAGCAGGCAGGCAUUUCAACGAGGUGCUCAAACGCUAUGGAGCACCUGCCAUUAUUCUGAAUCUGGUCAAGAAGAAGGAGAAGAGGCGGCACGAGAGUAUCCUGACAGAUGAGUAUAAGAAGGCAGUUAAUUACCUCAACCAGUUCCUGUCUCCUCAACACGCCCUCAAAUACAUCAGCUUUGACAUGGCCCACAUCAGUAAAAAUAAGGAUGUUCUGCUGAGGAUGGUAAGCUUUGCUGGAAAGUGUGUCAAACUGAGCGGACUGUUCGUACACAGAUCUAAGAAGGUUGGAGACGAGUUUUGGCAGUCGAGCAGUUGUCUAUACAUACUAGGAGUGUUAAAGGAACCAAAGUUAGAAUUUGAUACAGUCUGUACUAGAAUGUUAGAACAGCUGUAUGAGGACCAGGGGGACACUAUAGCCCUGCAGUAUGGGGGCUCACAACUUGUCCAUCGUAUCGAAGGGUAUCGUAAAACUGCUCCAUGGACUUCCCACUCAAAGGACAUUAUGAACACUAUUUCUCGUUACUACAGCAACACAUUUGCUGAUCUUGAAAAACAGCAGGCCACCAAUGUUUUCCUGGGUGUAUUUGAGCCAGUGGUAGGAAAGCCAAAUAUCUGGGAAUUACCAACAGAUUUCUACCUCCACAAUAAGGAUUUUGGAGCCAAACUCACUCAGAUAAGGAGAAGUUACUCACAGUGGUGGGAGGUGCCAGUUUACAGAAGUUUGCCAUUGCCAUGGAAACAAGUGUCCAAACCCCAGACUUGUGAGAUUGUGCGUGUGGACCAGGUGGAGGAGAGGGUAAACCUGUUUGAGGAGUACUACCGUACUACAGAACUCACAUUCUUCCAAGACAUCUUCACACAUUCCCUCUACCCUACAUUCUCCAAGGAUGUAAAACCUAGAACGACCAAGUCGGAGAGUCCUUUUACCAGGAGAGUCCAGCCUGAACAGAAUGCCAUCCAGGAAGCUAACCCUAAUGUCAGUGGUAAGGACUCCACCUCCUCCACCACCUCAACAGGAUCUGAGUCCAGCGAAAGUAGCUCCGAUGAGGUAGAGAUGCUCAACAUUGAUGUUUCCAGCUCACAGUCGGACUCCUCCGCUGAAUUGGUAGAUGAGAUUGUAGAGGAAACACAGGAGCUGCAGAGGAAAAGAAGACUGGAGAUAUUAAGAGACUAUGGAUUCCAUCUCGGAGAACCACGCACAUCUGACAUGAACAAGUAUAAAAGAUAUGUGAAUCUUGGCCGUGCCUGCCUGGGGAAUGCUGACCUGCCAGAUACUCGCUUCAUGAACAGGGAUUUGGCCAAUAGGUGUAACAGGGUCAUUGAUAUAGAUGUAGCCAGUGUGUUCAAGCUAGGCAGUAGCUAUGAAGUGGAACCCCCACCAGUCAAUAAACAAGACCAGCUGCUGUACCAAAAAAACGUCAUGUGUGGAAAGAAAGGCGCAACUAACCCUUCAAAGGACCAAAUCAGAUUCUACAAACGUUACAUCUCCAAGAAUUUACGAUGAGUUCUUCUUCAAGAAAACUUUCACAAUGACACUAACUCCACUGUUUUCAAUGAGUGAUUGGAUUAUCUUUAUUUCAAAUAGAAGGUUAUUAGCUCACCUGCCCGAAGGGCAAGUGAGCUUAUAUGCCGUGGCACAGUGUCCGUCGUCCGCCGUCCGUCCGUCAACUUUUCUUUUAAAACGCUACUA